AUGUCGCACGAUCGAAAAACAAGCUACAAGGUGCCUCCUGCGGCUGUGAUAAAUCCACUGACAUCGCAGGAGCACCGUAGACAGAAACGUCGCGCAGAGCGUUUUGACUCCACCAGACAACUAGAUUUUUUCGCCGAUCUCACCCUUGGUCCGUCCGAUGAGGAGGCAGAUGAGGACGACAGCGCAAAACACGAACCCGAGAUUGUUCAUGAAGGCGUUUCCUCCUUUGCCAGCAUGCUUCCGUCGUCAGGUCUCUCAGAGACUACUUUCUCCAGCACAGCCGCCGCACAGACUCAAUCUUCGUCGGAGACGAAAGACAUAUCGAUGAAAGAAAAAAAGCGAGGUAAGAAGCGCAAGGGUAAGGCGCGGCAAGACGCGCAAGGACCAAAGAACAAGAAUCUCGGCCGCUGGGCAGACAAGUGCAUGUACGCAGAGCUCCUCGAGAUGAUCGAGGAUGCGGAAAUUAUCAUGCCAAUCCACGACGGUAUACCCGAGGACAUCGAAACCGGCUGGGUCGCCGUCACACCCGUACCCGCUGGCAAGCGCUGUCUUGCUGUCACACACCAUACCUCUGGGAUCGCCGGUAUAGCUCCCAAUCUGACACUACGCUCCCGAGUGCUUGGCAAACCCCUCAUGAAGCCCUUCCCGUCUCCGCUCCCACCUCAGACGGUGCUUGACUGCAUCCUGGACGAGAACUGGCGAGAGAACGGCAUCCUGCACGUGCUUGACGUCCUCAAGUGGAAAGGUCAAGACGUCGGAGAAUGCGAGACACCCUUCAGGUUCUGGUGGCGAGACACGCGCCUCUCUGAGCUCACGCCGUUCCCGCCCCCACCCAGCGCAGCUGAUUUCCAUGCACAGGAUGCACCAAAGUCCUCUAGCGAGUCAUCUCGUUACCAAUUUCCGCACCCCAACACCCUUCUUCCCAUUCCAUAUCACACGAACACUACCCUUUCGCACCUCGCGAACGCACUGAUCCCCAUGACGCGCGCUCCGCGCUGUGUUUCGGUCUCCAUUCCCAGUGCCGAUCAGCAUGAUGCACCCGCGAUGGAUCUCGAUGCAGCGCCGGCGCCCCUCAUCCAGCUACAAACAGUCCCGGCGGAGAUCAAGUCCGAUGGGCUGCUGCUAUACGUUGCGCAAGCGACGUACGAGCCCGGGACGAGUCCAUUGAGCAGUUGGGUGCCACUGCAAGGAUACGCGACUUCUGCGGACGCCCGGAACCCUGGGAACGAGCGCAUUGACAACGCUGCAGAGAGCCCGUUGGUGGUGUUUGAACGGUUGGUGAAGCGCAGGCUAAGCAUAGGCGCUAGUGAGAGUUCGCCUGAAGUCAGUAUGGAAGAGAAUAUGUGA